AUGCGCAUGUCACCCCGAAGCAGCCCGGCAAACAAAGCAAACAUCAAAGAGCCAACCUCGCUCUCCUCGCUGCCGCUGGCCACCUCCACGAGAAGGCGAUUUCUUGACAUGCUCGAGAAGUUGGACUCGCUCUGGCCAUCUUCCUCAAAUGACUUGAGCACCGCCCCCGGAAAACAUCUCCCGAAGUGCGGCCUGCAACUUCAGAAGCUCGACGGCCAGGAGCUGUGUGGCUCUGUUGAAGUUCUGUGGUGGAGUCUUCCGGAAGCUCAAUAUCACUUGGACCAACUACCUCAGCUUCAUGUUGCGCCUGCUGGUGGAACUCCUCCGCCUUCUCGCGGGAAGAACGCCUCUUUGCUGCGCAGCUCUGAGCGCAGAAGCUCUUCAACGCGGUCUUCGCAGCUGAGAGGAGGAGCGGCGUUCUUCCUGCUGCAGGUACGAUGCGAGGAAGGAGUCCUUGAGCUGCUGCUGAACCUCCUCCAAGUCUUGCAGCCGCUCCUGAGACUCCGUCCGAG